AUGCCAAGCCUUGCGAGUCGGCGUGCACUGGAAGGUGGACACAAAUGUUGCGCCGAUGUAGUAGCCUGCUACUACGAAGGUGAGGAUGUAGUUGAUGAGUUGGGAGGCUCGCACACCGCGGGAUAUGGCUGUGCGGAAGAUGCUCAUGUAGAUUAUGCAGAUGGACAGCUUGGUGCACCCUGUUGCGAGUUUGAAGAAGAUUUGGUUGAGAUAGAAGAGCUGUAG